AUGAUGAGGAAAAAGGUAUGCUUUGAGCCGAGCGAAGUGAUCUCUCAGCCGUUACCGACUAAUUCAAAUUGGGUUCACUCGGAGUUAGCUGGUUUAGGCGAUAAGGACACUGUUCCCGCAGCGGUUAAAGAAGCUUCAGGAUCAUCAACAAGCGCAUCGUCAGAGACUCAUAGCUUAAGCCACAAAGUAACAGUACCAGAGCCUACAAAUGGUUCUUCAAGAAGCCCCUAUUCACAACACCGAGGCAAAACAGAGGAAAGAGCAAUCGAAAACAACAAUCACAGAGAACUAUGGUGUUCUCUCACCAAAAUAUGUAGUCUCCAAGAUUUGCAGAAGAAACUCAUAUGCUUGCAAGGAUCAAAGACCGAUGAAGAAAAUUCAGGAAUUGCGGAUGGGGAAGAUAUUGAGCAUCAUAGGAAGAGCUAA